UGCCUGUUCAGUGUCUUGAGGGGGUGGGGGGGGGUCAUUUCUUCACAACAACCGGUUUCUUUUCAACGAGGAUACACUUUUUUAUUUCACAAGUCAUGGCGGACCGCGGUGUGGAUUUGUCCGCCCUACCGAAAGAGGUUCGAGACCAAUUGGCGGAGUUGGAUUUAGAGCUGUCUGAAGGUGACAUCACACAGAAGGGCUAUGAGAAGAAGAGGGCUAAGCUGCUGGCCCCCUACGUCCCACAGACUCCCAAUGUGGAUCUUUCCCUACUGGAUGUCCAGCUCUCCCCAGGCCACAGUGCAGACCCCAGCCCCAGCACGGAGGCCCCGGGCCCUUCCUCCUCCUCGGCCUCCAGACACCACCGGACACACCGCAGUGGAGGUGCACGGGAUGAGCGCUACAGAUCAGAUAUCCACACAGAGGCUGUUCAGGCAGCGCUGGCUAAGCAUAAAGAAGAGAAGAUGGCACUGCCCAUGCCCACCAAGAGGCGUUCUGCCUUCGUCCAGUCUCCUGUGGACAACUACACACCUCCAGACACGUCCUCGGCCUCAGAGGAUGAGGGCUCACUGCGCAGGCAGGCAGCUCUGAGUGCAGUGCUGGCCCAGAGCCUGCAGAGCCCCGAUUACUGGAUCAACCGCUCCGUCCAGAGCUCCUCCACCUCCUCCUCUGCCUCCUCCACUCUCUCCCACGGAGAGCCCAAGACUCAGAUCCAGCCACAGCCCCAACCCCAGCUCACAUCUGCACUAGCUGAUGUACUGGCCCACACACGCAUAGAGAACAGUGUCCCCCCAGAUGUAACGUCUUCCACUCCUCAGGAGAGGGGCUCCAGGGUGGACCUGCCCCCUGCUGUCAGGGGCAUGAGCCGUGGACAAAGCCGCUGUAGCAUGCUGGAUACUGCUGACGGUGUGCCAGUCAACAGCAGGGUUUCCACUAAGAUCCAGCAGCUUCUGAAUACACUCAAGCGGCCCAAAAGACCGCCACUCAGCGAGUUCUUUCUUGACGACGCAGAGGAGAUCGUAGAGGUGCCCCAGCCAGACCCCAAUACUCCCAAGCCGGAAGGACGUCAAAUCAUCCCAGUAAAGGGGGAGCCCCUGGGAGUGGUCAGUAACUGGCCCCCGGCCCUGCAGGCUGCCCUUGCCCGCUGGGGUGCCACCCAGGCCAAAAGCCCUGCCCUCACCGCUUUAGACAUCACUGGCAAACCUCUCUACACACUCACAUAUGGUAAACUAUGGAGCCGCAGUCUGAAGCUGGCCUACACACUGCUGAAUAAACUGGGCACCAAGACUGAACCUGUCCUGAAACCUGGAGAUCGGGUAGCGCUGGUCUACCCUAACAGUGACCCAGGCAUGUUCUGGGUCGCGUUCUAUGGCUGCCUGUUGGCUGAGGUCAUCCCCGUGCCCAUCGAGGUGCCAUUAUCACGACAGGACGCAGGAAGCCAACAAAUUGGCUUUCUAUUGGGUAGCUGUGGAGUGAGCCUAGCACUAACCAGUGAAGUGUGUCUUAAGGGACUGCCCAAGACGCCAAAUGGAGAGAUCAUGCAGUUCAAAGGUUGGCCUCGGAUGAAGUGGGUGGUGACCGACACCAAGUACCUGACCAAACCCUCCAAAGACUGGCAACCCCAUAUCCCCACUGCCAAUACUGACACUGCCUACAUAGAGUACAAGGCCAGCAAGGAGGGGACGGUGAUGGGUGUUGCUGUGUCCAAGAUUUCCAUGCUGACCCACUGUCAAGCCCUGUCGCAGGCCUGUAACUACUGUGAAGGGGAAACGCUGGUGAACGUGUUGGACUGCAAAAAAGAUAUGGGUUUGUGGCAUGGGGUUUUAACGAGUGUCAUGAACAGAAUCCACACCAUCACAGUGCCCUACGCCGUCAUGAAAGCCUGUCCGAUGUCCUGGGUACAGAGAGUCUACAUUCACAAAGCACGCGUUGCCUUGGUGAAGUGCCGUGACCUUCACUGGGCCAUGAUGGCUCACAGGGACCAGAGGGACACCAACCUCUCCUCCAUACGUAUGCUGAUUGUGGCUGAUGGAGCCAACCCCUGGUCUGUGUCGUCGUGUGACGCCUUCCUGAACGUGUUCCAGUCUCAUGGUCUGAAGCCUGAGGUCAUCUGUCCAUGUGCCUCCUCUCCUGAGGCCCUCACUGUGGCCAUUCGCAGGCCUGGUGCACGAGGCGCGCCUCUACCAGCCAGGGCCAUCCUGUCAAUGGGGGGCUUAAGCCAUGGGGUGAUCAGGGUAAACACAGAAGACAAGAAUUCUGCCCUGACUGUACAGGAUGUGGGACACGUCAUGCCAGGAGCGUUGAUGUGUAUUGUGAAACCGGACGGGCCUCCCCAGCUGUGUAAGACAGAUGAGAUAGGGGAGAUUGUGAUAAACUCUCGGGCUGGAGGCACCAUGUACUACGGCCUGCCUGGGGUCACCAAAAACACCUUUGAGGUGAUCCCUGUGAAUCAGGCUGGAGCACCUAUAGGAGAGAUCGCCUUUACACGCACUGGUCUGCUGGGCUUUGUGGGACCGGGCAGCCUGGUUUUUGUUGUAGGGAAGAAUGAAGGACUGCUGAUGGUUAGUGGGCGACGGCACAACGCUGAUGAUCUUGUGGCCACCGCACUGGCAGUGGAGCCGGUCAAAACAGUUUACAGGGGGAGGAUCGCUGUGUUCUCAGUGACUGUGUUCUAUGAUGAGAGGAUUGUGAUAGUGGCUGAGCAGAGGCCUGACGCCAGUGAGGAAGACAGCUUCCAGUGGAUGAGUCGAGUGCUACAGGCCAUUGACAGUAUUCACCAAGUGGGCCUGUACUGCCUGGCACUUGUCCCAGCCAACACUCUUCCAAAGACCCCCCUUGGGGGAAUCCACAUCUGUGAGACCAAGCAGAGCUUCCUGGAAGGCAACCUUCACCCAUGCAACAUCCUCAUGUGCCCUCAUACCUGCGUCACCAAUCUUCCCAAGCCACGGCAGAAACAACCAGUGGGUGUAGGUCCAGCUUCCAUUAUGGUCGGCAACCUGGUUGCAGGAAAGAGGAUCGCCCAGGCUGCAGGCAGAGAGUUGGGCAUGGUUGAGGACCAGGACCUUAUUAGAAAGCAUCAGUUCUUGUCUGAAGCCCUGCAGUGGAGAGCCCAAACAGACCCAGACCAUGUUCUUUAUGUACUGCUUAAUGCCAAGGGGGCAGCAGUGUGCACAGCCACGUGUGUUCAGCUUCACAAGAGAGCUGAGAAGAUCACUGCUGCUCUGAUGGAGAGGGGAAGUCUCAACACGGGAGACAAUGUGGUGCUGCUCUAUCCCCCAGGCAUUGACCUGAUAGCUGCCUUCUACGGCUGUCUAUAUGCGGGGGUCAUCCCAGUGACAGUGAGGCCACCCCAUCCUCAGAACCUGGCUGCUACCCUGCCCACCGUUCGCAUGAUCAUCGAUGUGAGCAAAGCAGCCUGCAUCCUCACCACUCAGCCUCUCAUGAGGAUCCUCAGGUCCAGGGAGGCUGCAGCCAGCGUCAACGUCAAGACGUGGCCCACUAUCAUAGAUACAGAUGAUCUCCCCAGGAAGAGACCACCACAGAUCUACAAGCCCCCUACAGCUGAGAUGCUGGCCUACCUGGACUUCAGUGUGUCUACCACUGGCAUGCUGACUGGAGUCAAGAUGUCCCAUGCGGCUGUCAGUACUCUGUGUCGCUCCAUUAAGCUGCAGUGUGAGCUCUACUCUUCUCGCCAAAUAGCCAUCUGCCUGGACCCGUACUGUGGCCUAGGAUUUGUACUGUGGUGCCUCUCUAGUGUCUACUCAGGUCACCAGUCCAUCCUUAUCCCUCCUCUGGAGCUGGAGUGCUCCCUCCCUCUGUGGCUGAGCACACUCAGCCAGUACAAGAUCAGAGAUACUUUCUGCUCCUACUCAGUCAUGGAGCUCUGCACCAAGGGCCUGGGCACCCAGACAGAAAUGCUCAAGGCACGUGGUCUCAAUCUGUCAUGUGUGCGGAGCUGUGUAGUAAUAGCAGAAGAACGACCACGCCUGGCUCUCACCCAGUCCUUCUCCAAGCUGUUCAAAGAUCUGGGUCUGUCACCCCGAGCUGUCAGCACCGCCUUUGGCUCCAGGGUUAACCUGGCCAUCUGCCUGCAGGGCACUGCUGGACCAGACCCCUCUACUGUCUUUGUGGACAUGAAGUCUCUACGCCAUGACAGGGUGAGGCUGGUGGAACGAGGGGCACCACAGAGUCUUCCACUCAUGGAGUCAGGCACUAUCUUACCAGGAGUGAGGGUGAUCAUAGUCAACCCAGAGACCAGAGGCCCUCUAGGGGAUUCCCAUCUUGGGGAGAUCUGGGUGAACAGCCCCCACAGUGCCAGUGGCUACUACACCAUCUAUGGAGAGGAGAACCUGCAAGCAGACCACUUCAACACCAGGCUCAGCUUUGGCGAGCCACACACCCUGUGGGCCAGGACUGGCUACCUGGGCUUUGUCAAAAGAACCGAGCUUCUGGAUGCCAGUGGAGAUCGUCACGAUGCACUAUUUGUAGUGGGCUCCCUGGAUGAGACGCUAGAGCUUAGAGGGUUGCGUUACCACCCCAUUGAUAUUGAGACCUCUGUUUCUCGAGCCCACCGAAGCAUCGCAGAGAGUGCUGUGUUUACAUGGACCAACCUGUUGGUAGUGGUGGCUGAGCUGAGUGGGUCGGAGCAAGAGGCCUUAGACCUGGUGCCUCUUGUGACCAAUGUGGUUCUGGAGGAGCAUCACCUCAUAGUGGGGGUCGUGGUCAUCGUGGACCCCGGGGUUAUCCCCAUCAACUCCCGAGGGGAGAAGCAGAGGAUGCACUUGCGAGACUCCUUCCUGGCUGACCAACUGGAUCCAAUCUAUGUGGCCUACAACAUGUGAACACGCUUCCCAAACUCGUGGAAAAAAUAAUAAAACAGAGACAGGCUCUGAGAGUCGACACGAAGGAGAACGUUUGGCAGUUGCAUACAGGUGCAACCCUAGUGUCUGCCCUCAGACACACACACACACACACACACACACACACACACACACACACACACACACACACACACACACACAUACAGAUCUGGGGGAGUGAGAAUGCAGGGAAAGCACCAUAGAUGGUUGAGUGUUCCCCUCUCAGCAACUGUGCAGUCCCUCCCCUUCUUGAGUCUGCAUCCUUCCAUCCAGGUCCACUGAGGUUGCCUCCGGGGUGGAAAAUGUUUCUUCUCUCCUCUUGACAAGACACACAUUUCUCAAGCGGAAGAAGUUAGCCUCAUCCUCUCUAUGGUCCUGCGUUUCCCUCAAGAUUCCACCUAGUGAUUGCUUUUUUUCUUUUCUUUUUUUUUUUUUUACCCUUUUUGAAUCAGAAGUUUUUGAUUUUAAAAAUGCUUUCAUUAGAGAGACAUCUUUUGUUUCCCUCCUUCCAUUCCUUGGUUUUCAGCCUAGCUUGUACCCCUGCGUUCCUGUCUCCCUGGUUGUUCCCAGCUAUUCUAAGAUGGCAGAAUGGCUCCCUGGAACCACUGAGGUGCUGGAAGCUUCCCUAUGCACUUUAAGUCCUUGCACCUCGAAAUUCAUUUUCCUGUCCUGCCCACCUUAAUGGAAACACCUCCCACUUCCUCUGUUGCUGCUCCCCAAGAGCAAAUCCACAUCAGUAUUACAGUGCCACCAGCAUGAGCAGUUCACUUGGGCCAAGCCUGCGCCUUAGUAGCAGUACUGUCAUGUUACAUUCAUAUGGAGUGCAGUGUGGUUUUCACUUCCCAUCACAAUCUAGAUAUGUUACAGGCAUACACGGUUGGAAAAUAUCAUACAGCACAAGGGAUUUGUUGAUAUGAAAAAGUCGGAGUAGUUCCAUAAGCAUACAGCCUGCAGAAAGAUGAAGUGUUCCUUUGAUUGGAUAGAAGCUCAAGUCUUUGAUAAACUGUAUUAGGAGUUGGUCCACUUAGUCCAUAUAGUUUAUAUGAUGGUGAUAGUACUAAUAAAACUUUUACAGAUUCCUAACCGCACCAAUUUAAGAGGAUGAGUUGAAGUUAUGCCUACUUCUGUUAAGGGUAUGCAUGCUGAUUGACUGUAAUAUGUGUCUGCACAUGGACCUGUUUAUUUACUGUACCAUUACCUACAGUAACACAUUUUAACAAGCCACAGAGUCGCAGAGUGAUUGUCGGAAAUCGCCUCGGCCAAUUUCAGACAGGACUGGCAGAGUGUCACUGGAUUACUCACUGUCUCCUGGCUUUAAACUGAAAAUCCUGUGAACUCAUAACAUGUACCUAUUUGUCUACUUUCUCAUGUCAUUACUGUCAGGAUUGAUUGGGCAAAUGUGGAUUAUCAGAAGGCAAGUCUGUGCCUUCAAAUUGCACCAUCAUGAAGCAUGACAUCUAUGAUCAUGGAUUAGUGAGUUUCAAAAAUGUAGAUAACAAGAACAAAACCUUGCCUUAUUAAACCUGUGGAACUUCAAGACUUGUUUUGUCAAAGGCUUCAUUUAUGGCAGCACCAUAAUUAAAGAAAAAUGAUUUAAAUUGAGAUGGAUUCAAAGGCCAAUGUAUCAUUCAAAACGCAGUUUUUUUUUGGGUGGGCUACAACUGACUGGUUUUUUUUUUCAUCAUUGGCAUUAGAAUCCAUUUUUUUGUGAAUGUCUAUAACACUGAAAAAGUCCUUCAGUAGAUAUGAACAGCAAUCAAGUCAACUGUAGUGAAAGGCCCUUGUGUUUAAUAAUGGUAGGGGUCCGCCUUUUAAUAGAAAAGGGAUGCAAGGGCAAGGAUGUUGUCUAUAUAUUGUAUUUUAGAGGUAAAAUACUGUAAUACUGGUUUUAAUGUGUACAUUGAAAAUAAUCCUUGUCGAUAAAACUUGACUGAUCAUUCAUACUUGACAGCAUUUUUCUGCAUCUUUAGUUCGGUAGUAUCACGUUGCAACAAAAACAAAUGUUUCAAAUUAUUUUGGCAGGUAGUAACAUUGUGCACUUUCCUAAACGUCAUUUUACAUGUGUGAGUGUGUCUGCCUGGGAGUGUGAGUGUGUUUGUCCACUUUAGCAGUGCUAUUCAGGUUUUAUGGCACAACUUUUUUUCUUUUUCUAAAUUACCCCAGACUAUUGAAUUUUUUUUUUUUAAUUCCAAACGCAGGCUUCUUUGUCAUCUGCAUUUUUUAUGUCGCCCCCACUGUAUUUGAAUUCUUUCCAGUUUGGAACUUAUUAAUAUAU